CCUCCUAACAGUCGAGUCAACCUCCUGUGUUUCCUUUCCCAAGUCUUCUGCAUCUGAUUUGGACUGACGGCCCGAGCCCUCUUCUUUCUUGCUCCUAUUCUCCGUCCAAAGCCACCAAGCCCCUUUCAUUCCAUCAUGACAACUGCUACUACUCACGCUGACUUCGGCUCCACCACAGACGGCCUGACUGUCGCCGCUGCCUUCCCCCCGGCGAUCAAAGACCGCACGAUCCUGAUCACCGGCGUCAACAAGAAAGGCAUCGGCUAUGCUACGGCCGAAGCCUUUGCGUCUCAAUCUCCACGGUGCCUGAUCCUUGCGGGCCGCUCCGUGUCGAAACUACAAGAAUGCUUAGACGCUCUGAAAUCCGCCUAUCCAAAUGUCGAGUACCGUAGCCUGCAAGUGGAUCUGUCUUCCCAAAAGUCCGUCCGCGCCGCGGCGGCCGAAGUGAUGGGUUGGGCGGAUGUGCCCUCGAUUGACAUUGUGAUCAACAACGCCGGGAUCAUGAACAUCCCCACGCGCACCAUCACCGAGGACGGCGUGGAGAUCACCAUGGCGACGAACCACGUGGGCCACUUCCUGCUCACCAGCCUGGUCAUGCCCAAGAUCAUUACUGCCGCAAAGUCAUCAACCAAAAAGGGGGCGGUGCGGAUCGUCAAUCUGGCCAGCAUGGGCAUCUACGUCGGCGGGGUCCCCUUCAGCGACAUGAAGUACGAAAAGCCCGUGGCGGAGCUGCCCGCCGACGAGAAGCCCAACAUCGCCAUGAUGCAGGCCUACAACCUCCCCGUGGACGAGAGCAUGGCCUACAUCCCCACGGCGGCGUACGGGGCCAGCAAGACCGCGGCGGUGCUCUUCAGCGUGGGGCUCAACGACAGGCUGUACGAGAGCCACGGGAUCCUCAGUCUCGCCGUCAACCCGGGCGAGAUCCAGACCGAGCUGGCCCGGAACACGGACCCGGUCAUGUUGGAGACCAUGCUCGGCGCGGCCAAGGCCAGGGGCAUGGUGUGGAAGACGCAGCAGCAGGGGUGCAGCACGAGUCUUGUGGCGGCCGUGGACGACAAGUUGGGUCGUCCCUCCGAUGACGGCAACGGCGCGUUUCUGGGCGACUGUCAGAUCAAGCCUACUCCGGCGUACGCGGUCAAGAGGGAGUACGCGGCGAAGUUGUGGGAGGUGAGCGAGCAGAUGACGGGGGAGAAGUUUGCCUGGUAA